CCGCUCCAGAUCCAGGAGUAGGUGCACUUCAUGUGCGCUAUAUCGAAAUGGAGAAGCGUCAGGAGUCUUCAGAAGCUCUGAAUAACAGCCGGAACACUUACAGUGCAGUGUUCAAUCCCGCGGAGAACUUUGUCAAUGAUGCAAACCUAGCGAAUCAGGCUCUCAUCGCGCGAACGCCCGCAGAAUUAAGUACUCGUAAGAUCAGGCUGUUAUUACAAAUGGUCUUGGUCUGAUCUUCGAUCCUCACACGAACUGCUUUGGCGAGGCCAGAUCGAGGUCUUGAUGUAAUGCGUG